UCAGCGCGAAGUCAACCAGCAGAAUCGGAAUCAAGCAGAACGUCACAGACCGGUUGCAAAGCGUCAAAACCCAUUUGAUCGUCCAGGCAUGCUGAGCGCGGUGCGUUGCAUCGCUCAUCACCAAAAUCACGUGUCUUACCCUCAUCUCUAGCUCCUGGCUACGCCUAUCCAAAACACUCUAUCCCAGAUCUCUCAGACCAUUCGCUUCCUGGUCGCCAACGAUAUGCUGGAGAAUGUGGAGUUGAAGCCUGGGGAUGCAGAGGCUCUCGCUAGGCGGCACGACCUUAUCACAGAGGUAUCACCAAAAUCUGAAACAUUCGCCCUUGAUGUCCCUGAGGCUGGUCAGGCGGAUUUGUGAGACUCUACGGACUGCCGCAAUAUCAUCAUCAUGAUAUGUCUCAGAGUAUCCUAUCAAUUGACUUUGGGCGUCUUGCGCGUCGCGUAUCGCGCGUCCUGCAUGCAAUCACGGUGCGUCAUCUUGGUACUCUUGACCUUGCAAGACCUUUUGCGCCACCUCCAGCUACUACUGUCCCUCGGGAGUCUGGCAGGGAGCGAGGGGUGCAAUGUGUCGUACAUGUCUCAAGACACGACAAGAGUCUUACUCACAUGCUAAGCCACCAGCGACUGAUUCCUUGGGUCAUCACUGAACAUAAAAAGGUGUACUGGAUAUCCUUAUCGAAACUCACCCAAAAACUGUUUCCAAAAGUUGCUGUCAUAAGCGAAAGCUACAAAGCACAAGCACAAUCCCCAAUCCUGCACGAUUACCAAAAGGUCACAGUCGUUGACCACAAUUCACACACCAGAGUGCCUUUCAGUGCUCUUUUGACUACAAGUCAACACAAGUAUCCUCUUUCUCCCUCUCAAAAAACCCCGCCACGGUCUCUAUUCCGACCCGAUCCAGUAUGAUGUCCAACACUGCAUUCAACCUCUUGGCCAUCCUUGCCGUGGCAGGUAG